UGGACUUCACGGCCACAUGAGUAAUAAACAUGACAGGGGAAUUUCGUCAGUCUGGGAGUUUGCAGCUCAAGCGAAGAAGGACGCCUGCCGACAUACUGAAACUCACACUUUACUCUUAUCUUCUCAUAGCGUUUGUAGAAAUGGCUAACGAAUCCCUCUUUGUUAACGUGAACAAGUGGAUCUUGGAGAAUGAACAUGCCUUCCUGCCGCCAGUGUGCAACAAACUGAUGCAUUUCCGUCAGCUGAACAUCAUGUUUGUGGGUGGUCCCAACACUAGGAAAGACUAUCAUAUUGAAGAAGGCGAAGAGCUCUUCUAUCAGAUUCGUGGGGACAUGUGUCUGAAAAUAGUGGAGAAUGGAAAGCACAAGGACAUUCACAUCCGUGAGGGAGAGAUGUUUCUGCUCCCCGCUAGGAUCCCCCACUCCCCACAACGUCAGGCCAACACAGUGGGUCUGGUGGUGGAACGCAGGCGACUGCUAACUGAGACAGACGCCCUCAGGUACCAUGUCGACAACAGUACUGACAUCCUGUGGGAGCGCUGGUUCUACUGCAAGAACUUGGGAACGCAGCUGGCACCCGUCAUUAAAGAGUUUUUCGCCUCUGAGGAGCACCGCACCGGGAAGCCGAACCCAGCAGACCCACCCAAGAAAGCCCCCUUUCCUCUGAACACCGCUAGCGUGAUGGCCCCGUUCAGCUUCAAGGACCGCGUGGAUGGUCUCCGUGCCGAUAUCGCCAGCAGCAAAUCUGUGGACAUGUUUGGGCCAGAGUUUGAGACGGAGGUGCUUUUGUGGGGGCCGGGGGAGACCAACACUACCAAGCACGAGGCCGACCGCUGGAUCUGGCAACUGGAGGGUACCUCUGAGGUCACUCUCAACCAUGAAAAGUUCAACCUCACCAAGGGAGACAGCUUGCUGAUACCCGAGAAGAACGAGUAUAACUGGAAAAGAAGUAAGGACUGCAUUUCUUUCUUUGUUGCUCAAGACCAUGAACGUAAAAGACCCUUCUAAUCAGCCUUGGCCUUCUCUGUAUGUCUGAGAGAGAGGAAGAGCUAAGAAGAGCUCCCAUGUCAAAUAUCAUACCAUACCAUCAUACCAUAUCACAUUUGCUAAAUGUCCUUCCCUUGAUUCCAGAACUUUAGUCGACGAUCACAGGGUAAUAUUUUGCUUGUUGAUACUAAUUACUUGCACAAUUUGUUCAAAUUUGACUGGAGUAGGUAAACACUUAUCAGGGUGAGAUUCUUGUGACAGAUAUGGGCCUAAUACACUGAUGUUGCAAGCUCACUGUCAAUGCUGGCAUAAGCUUGGCUACUACCUAACGCAAAACAGAAUAAACCCCAAAUAUCAGGUUUUCAUUUCAAAUUAUUGACUUUUUUGACCAAACUGUCAUAUACCACAAUCUCCGAAAGCACGAAGGUAGAGGAAAUGACCAAACUGCAUACCCACCGCCCACAUCUCUCCCCACUACCACAACACACAAAAUGCUGACUUUUGAUAGACCAUAUCAGACAGCAUCAGUAAAUCUACAGAGCGUGUACGUCUGGAAUUUUGGAAUUGAGUGGUAGAGUGGGUAAAGAAACUUGGCGCCCUCUAUAAUAAUGAAAUGCACUUGUAUUAUAACUUCUGUACUUUCUAUGUUACAUUACUCACAUUAAAUAUAGCAUCUCCA